GCCGCCGAGUCCAGCGGCAGCGGCCGCGGGAGGGGUGAGCGCACGCUCGGCGAUAUCAUGAGGGAGCCAUCCACAACCGUCCCCGACGUCGUCGUGCUAGACUCCGUGCCCGAACCCUCAGUGCGCAAUGAAUCGCUCGAUCCAAAGGAGGAUCUCUGGUUGUCGACCGUCGACGGACGCUACAGCUCCCCGAUCAUACCGCUGCGCGUCGGUGCCGUGCCUGAUCAGGAGAUCUUUUACGUGCAUAAACAAGUACUCUUGAAAUCCGAAUACUUUGAACGAGCUCUCUGCGGUGACUUCAGGGAAUCGGGCACCCAGUCUAUCGAUCUUCCAGAAGAGAACCCCGCCAUCUUUCAUUUUCUCGUCGCCUAUCUCUACGAGGGGAGAUAUGAGCCCAUCAAGCCAGCCGCUUCGGUGUUGGCAGUGCCCGACCAAGACAAGGGGAAGGAGAACGCGAUCGCUGAAACUGGCGCCGACUCGGAUUCGGACUCGGUGUCCUCCAUCGAGUCCGACUUCAGCGCCCGCUCCCGCCGCCGACAUGAGCGCCGCCGUCAGCGCGAGAACCGCCAUUGGGAGCGCAUUCGCCAGAAACACCCAGGCAUGCACCGGCCCAACUGCACCUGCCCGCAAUGCGCCGCGGCUUCUGGUCCUCCCUGCUGGUCAUGUCGCGCUCCGCGCAUCCCUCCGCCGACAACUCACGUAGGCCACUUCGUGGACGUGGACCCGGAACGGCAGCUCCGGCGCCCACUGCGGCACCGCCACCGGCACGGCCUGGCCCCUCCCGCUCCUCGCAUGAGCCCUCCGCCCCCGCCGCCAGGGUUGCCCUCGGACCCCAACGGCGGCCGCAUCGCGGGCGAGGACCUGCGCACCUGGCUCCUCGCCUACGAGCUCACCAUCGACAUGUACAUACUCGCCAACAAGUUCCUGCUCGAGGGCUUCAAGAAGGAGGUCGCGCGCGCGGCCAUCGACAUGCUGGAGUCGGCCGGCUCGGACGCCGCCGUCGCCGAGGUGCUCUACCUCUGCCGGAAGCUGUACGACGGCCUGCCCGAGAACGACGCGCUGCUCAAGAUGAUCUUCGCGCGCGUCGGCUUCCUGCAGCCCUGGCGCCGCGCGCCCCACGAGACCAACGGCUUCCUGCUGGCCAACCCGGAGAUUGCCUCGCUGCUGCUCAGGGAGAUGGCUGCGCGGCGCGAGGACGACGUGAACGGGCGCACGCUGCCGAGCAUGGUUCGCCCG